AAAGAUAAGCUAACCGUUGUGAAGAUAGGAAUGUCGUAAAACGACACUGACCUAACCUCAUCUUAUUCUACGUAAAUACGAAUAUACGAUCACUAUGGUCAUAUUAUUAUCUACCGACAUUUCGGCGAUUUCGUGUUAGUGUACAACACUGUGUAUGGUGGAUCCAUAGAGUAAAUCUCCGUGUGUGCAUCCGCGUGAGCGACGUUCGCAGACAAUAGAUAACACGUACCACAUUAUUAGUCAUUACUGGUAUUUCCAAUAUUCCGUCGUUUUACGAGUGCGUUAAUUCUUAGGUACUUAAAACGUUUAGGUGUUUCACGAUUAACAUUAACUCAUUAUCAUCCGUUAUUUUGAAUUUUGUCAGUACGAGAAAUGUCGCAAGCCGUUGGCCUGUUUGAAUACGCCUGUUUCUACGCUUAGUCUUUAUAAGGAAAAUAGCUCGAUUAAGAACAAUGAUGAAUAAUAAAAACACUUGGUGUAUGGACAAAUCGGGUCAAGAUAAGGAAAUCGAUAAAAAUGGCACGUCAAAAAAAAAUAAUAAAAAUAAUGUUGAAAGGAAAACACGUAGAACUUAUUUACGUGACAAAAGAGCUCCAAAACCGCCAUAUAGUGGAUACAUACGGUUUUUAAAUGAUAGACGUGUACAAUUUUCAUCUCAAAAUCCCAAUUUACCAUUUUCUGAAAUAACUAAAGUAUUAGCUACUGAAUGGAACCAAAUGCCAGCAGAAAAAAAACAAAUAUACCUUUCAGCCGCUGAACAAGAACGAGUAAAAUAUGAUGAAGAAUUGGAGGCUUAUAAAAAGACUGAUGCAUAUAGAAAUUUUCAGAUGUUCAAAUCGAACAGAAAGAAAUAUGAUAUCACUAUCAAAAAAGAACAAAAAUUGAAUAAAGAAAAACCAUCCAAUACUGACAAAUUUAAAAAGGAUCAAGAAAUAAAAAAAGAAAACCCAUCUAAUGAUAACAAAUUUAAAAAGGUUCAAGAAUUGGAAAAAAAGAAACCAUCUACAACAAACAGUGGCGAUCAAGAAUUUAUGAAAGAAAAACCAUCUACAUCUAGUGACAACAGUAAUGACAUACCUAUAUUUACUGAAGAAUUCUUAAACUUUAAUAAAGCUAGAGAUAGUGAACUAAGGAACCUUCGUAAAAAGGUAACAGAUCAAGAACAAGAAGUAUGUGUCUUAGAUAAACAUAUUGAAAACAUGCAAAAUGUUAGUAUCAAAUUAGUGGCUAAUAAUGAACAACUCAAUGUUGGAUGUUCAAAGUAUGAAGAGUAUUUAGUUAAACUACGAUCUCGACUUCUGGAUGCUUUUGCUAAUACUGCAUUCCCGGACAACACUGAGCAACCUACUCACGAGAAUAUUGACGCAUACAUGGUUAAAUAUUUCACAUAUCAAGCAACUGGUACUGAUACUGAUCCGUCCUGGAUUACAUAUUUCAAGAAAGCUUUAUCUAAUUUUGAUCCUUCACAGUGUUAAAAUUAAAUAUAUUUUAGUGUAUUUAACUAUAAGUCAUAAAUUAUCCGAAUUUGUUUUUUUUUUUAUAUAUAUACUAUUUAAUGUAAUAUAUAUUAAUGUAAAACAAGGGUUGCAACUUGUGCUUUUGCAAAAUGUGUAAUGAAAGUUUUAGAAAAUAGCACAUACCUGUAAUAAUAUGUUGAUAGGUACUUAGAAACAUUAUUAAUCAGAG